CCUUUUUCCACCGGUUGUGACGUGUCCGGGGGCCGAAGGGCGGCUGCGUACAGACUUGUUUGCGACGUGGAGACCGGCGACGUGCAGGCUUGGGACUGUCUUUCCUUCUUCUCUCUCUCCUCCGCGCCCAACCCAGCCGAACCCGAGGUCGCCGGCCGUGCUGCGGCCGGGGAGCGGGCUCUGAGGGAGGGUUGUUCCCCGUCUGUUUCUCUGUGGCCCGGUGCCGCUGCCUUCGUGCGGGACCGGGCAGCACGGAGAAUGAGCUGGUUCAACGCCUCUCAACUGUCUAGCUUCGCCAAGCAAGCGCUGUCGCAGGCCCAGAAGUCCAUCGACCGGGUGCUGGACAUCCAGGCCGAGGAGAACUGGCCCGACGCGGUCAUCCCCGACUACGGUGACGGAUUAAAUUCUGUCAUAAGUGGAGGAUGGGAUACAUCUUCCUGGGGCUUGAGUUCAAAUGCAGAACCACAGAAUCAGCCAGUGUCUCAAACAGCAAUCACUAAGCCCGUGAGGAGGACAGUAGUAGAUGAAUCUGAAAACUUCUUCAGUGCCUUUCUCUCUCCAACAGAUGUUCAGAGUAUACAGAAAAAUCCAGUGGUGUCCAAACCCCCAGCCAAAUCACAGAGGCCCAAAGAGGAGGUGAAAAGCGCUUUAAAGGAGUCUCAGCCCUUGAAUCAGCUGGAAGUACCUGUGACAACAGAGGCAGAAGUGAAGGAUUCCUCUGUAGCUGGCCGAGUGGACUUGAAAAACCUCAAUAUUCUCAAGGAGGAAUUAGAAGAGAAUUCUGUGCUUAAAUCUAAUGCUAAGCAUAGGGAGAGCACAGAUGAAGUUACUGACAAAAAAGUGUCUGCUAUAAAUUUGGAAGUACCUGAAGAUGCUCUUAAUGAAAAAUCCAGUGGAGGAGGGGAGGGAAUGAGAGGUGCGCCAGAAAGCACUUCACACCCCCUUAAUGCAGGUACAAAAGACGUGGGUUUGGAAACUAAGGAGCGAAAGCCUGAGGACAGGCAAAGCAAUACACCAUCCCCUCCCAUUAGCACUUUCUCAUCAGGGACAUCCACAACUAGUGAUAUUGAGGUUCUGGACCAUGAAAGUGUAAUAAGUGAGAGCUCUGUAAGUUCAAGACAAGAAGCUUCAGAUUCAAAAUCCAGUCUUCAUCUAAUGCAAACAUCAUUUCAGCUUUUGUCUACCUCUGCCUGUGCAGAUUACAAUCGGCUCGAUGACUUUCAAAAACUGACUGAGAGCUGCUGCUCCUCUGAUGCUUUUGAAAGAAUUGAUUCUUUUAGUGUACAGUCUUUAGACAGUAGAAGUGUAAGUGAAAUCAAUUCAGAUGAUGAGUUAUCAGGCAGGGGUUCUGCAUCAGCAUCUGCUGCUGUCAGUCCUUCUUCACCGAAGACAGAAAUGACUGAUGCCCCAAAAGCUAAGUCUGAGAACUCAAGUGAUGCUCCUGUUGUACCUGCUGAGGAGGCUGAGAUGGAGGAGAGUGGGAGAAGUGCAACCCCUGUUAAUUCUGAGCAGCCAGAUGUUUUGGUUGCUGUUGCGCAAUCUGGUGAAGAGCAGGUUGUGAGAGAGGAGACUGAGCCACAGCAGCAGGAUGCUGUUGAAAAUUUGCUAGAAGAGGACACUGAAAAGCAAAAUCUUAAAAAGAUGAUUGAUUCAUUAACUGAGAAACUGGAGAAGAGGGAAAUACAGUUAUUAAGUUCUAGUAAAGACAAGGCACGCCUGGAAGAAGCUUACGAUAAUCUGAAAGAUGAAAUGUUUAGAAUGAAAGAAGAGAGCAGUAGCCUUUCAUCCCUGAAAGAGGAAUUUGCUCAGCGGAUUGCAGAUGCUGAAAAGAAGCUCCAGCUAGCCUGCAAAGAAAGAGAUGCAGCUAAAAAGGAAGUAAAGAUUGUUAAAGAAGAAUUGGCUACUAGACUUAAUACCAAUGAAACAGCUGAAUUAUUGAAAGAAAAAGAAGAGCAAAUUAAAGGAUUAAUGGAAGAAGGAGAAAAGCUUUCCAAACAGCAACUGCACAAUUCCAACAUCAUUAAGAAAUUAAGAGCUAAAGAGAAAGAGAGAGAAAAUACUAAUACAAAACAGAACAAAAAGAUAAAGGACUUGGAAGAGGAGUUGCAAUGUUUAAAACAAGUGCUUGAUGGCAAGGAAGACCUUGAGAAGCAACAUCGAGACAGCAUUAAACAACUGAACAGUGUGGUGGAGCGACAAGAAAGGGAUCUUGCAAAACUCCAGGCGGAAGUGGAAGACCUUGAAGAACGGAACAGAAGUGUCCAGGCAGCACUUGAUAGUGCAUACAAGGAACUUGCAGAUCUUCAUAAAGCCAAUGCUACAAAGGACAGUGAGGCACAAGAAGCAGCACUAAGUCAGGAAAUGAAGGCAAAGGAAGAGCUUGGAUUAGCUCUGGAGAAGGCCCAGGAUGAGGCACGGCAGCAGCAAGAAGCUUUGGCAAUUCAGGUGGCAGACCUGAGGCUAGCACUGCAACGAGCAGAGCAGCAGGCAGCAAGGAAAGAAGACUAUUUACGCCAGGAAAUCAGUGAAUUGCAACAGAGACUCCAAGAAGCAGAGAGCCGGAACCAAGAACUGAGUCAAAGUGUUACAUCUGCUACACGGCCACUUCUGCGGCAGAUAGAAAAUCUGCAAGCCACGCUGGGAGCACAGACCUCUGCCUGGGAAAAACUGGAAAAGAACCUCUCUGACAGACUCGGUGAGUCUCAAACUCUUCUAGCAGCAGCUGCUGAGAGGGAACGUGCUGCUACAGAAGAACUUCUUGCUAAUAAAAUUCAGAUGUCUUCUACUGAAUCUCAGAAUAGCCUUUUAAGGCAAGAAAAUACACGCCUUCAGGCUCAGCUAGAAGUAGAGAGAAACAAAUUGAAGGAAAUGGAAAGAGAAAACAGUAGGUAUGAAGUUGAACUAGAAGGACUCAAAGAUGAGUAUGCAAAAGCCUUGGAAGAUGCAAAGAAAGAGAAGACCCUGCUGGCUACUCAGUUAGAAAUGGAAAAGAUGAAAGUUGAACAGGAAAGAAAGAAGGCCAUUCUUGUGCAAGAAACAGCAAAGGAGAAGGAUCGGAAGUCAUUCAUGGUUGAAACUGUUUCAAGUACCCCAACUAUGUCACGCUCUAGUUCUCUAAGUGGAGUUGAUAUGGCGGGUCUUCAGACAUCUUUCCUCUCACAGGAUGAUCCUCAUGAGCACUCAUUUGGGUCAACAGCUACCAGUGGGAGCAAUCUUUAUGAUGCAAUAAGGAUGGGAGCAGGUUCAAGUAUAAUUGAAAACCUUCAAUCACAGCUAAAACUAAGAGAAGGAGAGAUUUCACAUCUACAGCUGGAAAUUGGAAACCUUGAGAAAACUCGAUCAAUAAUGGCAGAAGAACUAGUGAAAUUAACAAAUGAAAAUGAUGAACUUGAAGAAAAAGUGAAGGAAGUACCGAAACUACGUGCACAGUUAAAGGAUUUGGAUCAGAGAUACAAUACAAUUCUUCAAAUGUAUGGAGAGAAAGCAGAGGAAGCUGAGGAACUCCGUCUGGAUCUCGAAGAUGUGAAAAACAUGUACAAGACUCAGAUAGAUGAACUUCUAAAACAAAGACAAAACUAAUUCCAGCUGUAACUCAUAACAUUAAAUGAGAAUGGAUUGUAAUGAGAAUUUUCUGUAAAUGCUGAAUCCGAACAUCUUGUAAAAAAACAACCCAUCUGUAUUAUAGAAUAUGUGACUAUAUAAUAGAGUUCAUGUUGACAGAGAAAUCAACACUAUACGUGUCCUGUACUGUUUGCAGUUAAAUUAUUUGUGCAAUAUUUAACUACUUUUUCAGUCAUCCCUUUAAGUUUUUGCUAAACAAUGGACCAUUUUACUUGUAAACACUAGCAGAAAUGAAGCAGAAAAGUAACUGCACUGGAAGGCCUCAGGAUCCUUGAGGUUAUAAACUCUGUUUUAUGAAAAUGAUACUGGAAUAUUUUUAAAGUGUUCCUAAUGAACAAUUUCUAAAAGCUCAUCAGUAAAUUCUUAAAAUAGCAGUGGCAUAAUUAGUAGCUAUUUCUGAACAGGAAAAUCUCAUCUUUAUACUUGUAACUGAACAUGUUGGGCUGGUAACUCCCUAUUCUUAAGCAAAUCAGAUUGGUCUGAUUAUUUUACACUAGGUCCUCUAAAGCAGAGUGUGAGAAUCGGAUGAAGUCUUACAUUACAGCCUCAUCUUGUACAUUCCUUGUGUUGUCUCAUGAGCUCUGUGGAAAGAGCAGCUCUGCUUCUAAUCCUAAAUGUGUUUAGCUUUGAAUACCACAAAUCUGAACUAUUCAAUAUCUGAUCUAGAUUUGGCUGCUUAUUUAUAGCAGCAGCCAAACCAAGCCAGAACAACAGAGAAAUUACAUUAUUUUAAAUGAAUUGCUGCUCUCACGGUUCCUUGUGUAUAAGUACCAAAGUUUAAACUGUUUGCAGACUUGCACUGUGACUUAAUAUAGUUUUCAAGCAAGUCUCCAGUGGCUGCAAAAUGUUUCUCAUGCCAUUCCUUAAGCAAGGUAUUGGUCAGAUAGCAUCCAUGUGGCUUGAAGGUCAGCUGCAUUUUUGACAGUGUCAAAGGAAACAUUUGAAUUGGGCCUUUGGGAAUGCUGAGAAUCGGGGAAAGAAGGGUUGUCUUCUUAGCAUUCCAGACAGCAAAUACUUUUCUACAUGUCAGAACUGUGAAAUACUGAGCAGUUGAAAUUCUUUGCUUGUCACCAUCGCCUCUGUUGUGAGAGGUAUUUUUCACAUCUGUGCAUGUUCUAAUUCGUGUUAGAGAACUUUGUUCCUGUUGUGUGUCUGGUGGCCUGAGAGCAAUGAAGAGCAGUUCCUUCUGGAGAAAAGCAAUAAUAGUACUUUUCUACAGGCAUCAGGGAUUUAUUCCUCCCUGUGAGAGAAGUGUUGCUCACUGAAGUUAAGCAGGCAAGGGUAUGUUUGUGGAAAAGCCUAGCUGAGUCUGAAACUCCAGAAGGUGUUCUGAGGAUUUCAAUAAAGCCACAGAGGAAGAACACUAGAA